UUGUGGGUAUUGGCGUCUUUUAACUGCGUUCCUCUCUCACGGUAACUCCGUUAACAACUACAUAUCCCAUGUGUCUUCACUAGAGUCGACUGUGGUUUGUUGUGAACCCGCAUAACUGGAAGCAAGUGAUGGAGUUUCCUGAAGAUUUCAACCAGCUUGAGCUUCUGAAUACACAUGGCCAACUGAUCCCCCGAGGGGCCAGCAGCCUGUGGACCGGAAGCAAGGAUGAGGAAGAGGAGGUGGAAGAGGAGGAGGGUGACCACAGUGAGGAGUGGUAUCUAGAAAAAGAAGAAACUCUCAAAGACAAACCAAAGGAGCUCAUUCUGUGGGCAGCGGAAAACAAUCGCCUUGCAACCUUCCACAGGUUGUUAACCGCUGAUCCCUUGCUGGUGCACUGCUGCGAUGAGGACGGUUACACUCCACUGCACCGUGCGGCAUACAGCGGCCACGUCGACGUGGUUUCUGCUUUACUCGCCGCCGGGUCGAAGAUUAACCCUCGUACCAUCGACGGCUGGACGCCCCUCCACAGCGCCUGCCGCUGGAGCCGUGUCACUGUGGCGAGUCUUCUCCUGCGACACGGAGCUGAACUGAAUGCCCAGACCAACGGUGGGCUCACGGCACUACACCUGGCUGCUUCCCACUCCAGCUCCAUAAGAACAGACUCUGCUCACACACUAGAGCUCCUCCUCUCCCAGCGAUUCCUGAAGCCAGGGCUUCGCAGCAACAGCGGAGAGACGGCCAGUGAGGUGGCCCGACGUAGUGGCCCACAUCACUUCCUGUUUGAGAUGGUAGAAGACUGUGUAAAUGUGGUACCUAUGUUAUGAGCUGUGUUAAUGUUUAUGUGUCUCAAGGUAAUGCGUGCUUCCUACUGAAGCAUCAUAACAAUCAGUUAAUAAUUAUUGAUUCUUGAAAAUCAGAAGUGGAAGAAUGAAAGACACUUGUUUCUGAGGUUGUUUGGUGCGUACAGUUUGUCCAGAGCUUAAAUAGCUUUUUCAAUGCAAAAAGUCUGUUUGUUUGUUUUAUAUAGUUAAAGUCUUCUGAUUCAAAUCCAGCCUCUUAACACAUUACACGUUCAUCUGUCAUGUUGCAGGACUUUAACUAGACCUAGAGCUAAGGUUUCUUCAUUUAUUUUCUUCUUCCCUCUGUAGGAAUCACUGUGGUUUUCUGUAAUUGGCAGCUAUUCUGGAGUCUCUUCACAGAUGACUAUGUAAUGACCCUUAUAUGACCCUUGUAUGUCUCUCUUUGAGUCACUUGAGCCAGAGGAUGUGCAACAUAUGCAGCAUGUACACACGUUAAAUACCUUUCCGAAGGGCUCACAGAUGUCAAGUAAUGUGAUGGAUUUAUUUUUUGUCUGUCACUCCUAUUGGAGUUACUAAAAGGAUUUUUUAUUAAUUAAGAGCUCAGAGUCCUCACAUGAAUGACACAAGGAUUAUACUAAUUAAAUUAUAACACAUGUUGCAGAAGUCCUUGAGGUUGAACUGAGGUUAGAAUCCACAGAAGGAAGCUGUAUAAAACAUCUGAUUACUUAGAAGUAAACAUUUGAGUUUUGCUGAGGUGUGUGUGUUACAAAGUAAAACUGGUGCCACAGCAAAAAGAA